CCCCGAGCUCCCUUGGCCCGGUUCCUCCUCCCCUUCGCCCGGUUCCUCCUCCCCUUCGCCAGCAGCUGCGCUUCGCCCGGGACUGGACCGAGUUAGAGUUGAGGCGCCGGAGGAGUAGCGCAGAGUGCGUGCGUCCCCCGCGGGGGGGUCCGUGCCCGCAGGCUGUGGGGAACCGGGCGCCAGCCCAGUUUGGUGCAGCCUUGGCAGCGACCAACAAGGAGAGGGAGCUCCAUUACUACAGUACUUUUGUGAAAGGCAACAAGUUGGUACCAGAGCAGUUUCCCCACAGGAAAGGAAAUAAAAGUACUUGGAGCAACUUAUUAAGAUCUGGAAUGGACGCAAGUCCUCUGGGAGGAUUAGACUUGUCUGAACAUACUCCUAGUCUGCUAGGGAACAGCACCAUGGCAGCAGGUCUUGCAAAUGUAGGAAAUACAUUUGGAGGGCCACCGAGUUCUUUAGUUUCCAGACCUAAUAAAUUCCAAAACUUGCCUAUAGAAGAUGAUGAUGAUGUGGUUUUUAUCGAACCUAUACAACCUCCACAAAAUUCUGCGUCGCUGGUGGCAGACCAAAGGAACACUGCAUUUACAUCAUCUAAAAAUGAUGAACUUAAAGGAAGCGAUUGCAAAAUGCUUCCUUCUCCGAAAGACUUAAAUUCUCGAAAGGGGAGUAUAAGUGAAACUAUUAUUAUUGAUGAUGAAGAGGACAUUGAAACAAAUCAAGGACAAGAGAAGAAUGCUUCCAGUUUUAAUGAACGAAGACUUCCAGAGUGUAAGAACAGAACCAACGAGAUGGAAUUCUCACCUUCCAGUUUUUCAAGAAGUAAGGUAAAUUCAGGAAUAGGUAAUAGUGGUAUAACCACAGAACCAGACUCUGAAAUUCAGAUUGCUAAUGUUACUACUUUAGAAAGAGGUGCUAUGAUCUCUGUCAGUGAUGGUCAUUUAGAAAAUGAUGCUGACGGGCGUGACAUGAACCUAAUGAUUACACAUGUAACGUCACUGCAGAAUGCCAGCUUGGGAGAUGUAUCUAACGGACUGCAGUCAGAUAAUUUUGGUGUUAAUUUGCAAACAUACACCCCAUCUUUGACUUCACAGACCAAGACUGGUGUAGGACCUUUCAAUCCUGGUAGAAUGAAUGUGGCUGGAGAUGUAUUUCAAAAUGGAGAAUCUGUGACCCAUCAUAAUCCGGAUUCUUGGAUAUCCCAGUCAGCUUCCUUUCCUAGGAAUCAGAAGCAACCAGGUGUGGAUUCCUUGUCACCUGUAGCAUCACUUCCUAAGCAAAUUUUCCAGCCUUCUGCCCAGCAACAGCCUUCUAAGCAGGUGAAAGUCACGUGUGCAAACUGCAAAAAGCCUUUACAAAAGGGACAGACUGCGUAUCAGCGGAAAGGAUCUGCUCACCUUUUCUGUUCCACUACCUGCCUCUCAUCAUUUUCACACAAACCCACUCCAAAGAAACUUUGUGUCAUGUGCAGAAAAGAUAUAACAACAAUGAAAGGUACCAUUGUUGCUCAAGUAGAUUCAAGUGAGUCUUUCCAGGAGUUUUGUAGUACAUCAUGUUUAUCCUUCUAUGAAGAUAAACAGAAUCCCUCAAAAGGAGCCUUGAAUAAAUCAAGAUGCACAAUCUGUGGUAAACUAACUGAGAUUCGUCACGAAGUUAGCUUUAAAAAUAUGACUCACAAGCUGUGCAGUGACCAUUGCUUCAAUAGAUACAGGAUGGCAAAUGGUUUAAUAAUGAAUUGCUGCGAACAUUGUGGGGAGUAUUUGCCCAGUAAAGGAGCUGGAAACAAUGUCCUUACUAUUGAUGGUCAGCAGAAAAGAUUCUGCUGUCAGAACUGCCUUGGUGAAUACAAGCAGACUCUCAGUGUUCAGUCUUCAACAAAUGGUCAGUUCAUCUCUCCUAGUGAUAUUCAGUUGAAAUGUAAUUAUUGCAAAAGUUCUUUCUGUUCAAAACCAGAAGUACUGGAAUGGGAGAGCAAAGUGUAUCAGUUCUGCAGCAGAGCAUGUUCUGAUGAUUAUAAGAAGCUGCACUGCAUAGUUACAUACUGUGAAUACUGUCAGGAAGAGAAAACGCUCCAUGAAACGGUGAAUUUCUCUGGUAUCAAAAGACCCUUUUGCAGUGAAGGCUGCAAGCUGCUAUAUAAACAAGACUUUGCAAGACGGUUAGGACUGAGAUGUGUUACUUGUAAUUACUGCUCACAGCUGUGCAAAAAGGGAGCAACUAAGGAACUUGAUGGUGUAGUGAGAGAUUUCUGCAGUGAAGAGUGCUGUAAAAAAUUUCAGGACUGGUACUACAAGGCUGUGCGGUGUGACUGUUGUAAAUCUCAAGGAGCCCUGAAAGAGAAGGUGCAGUGGCGCGGCGAGAUGAAGCAUUUCUGCGAUCAGCACUGCCUGCUCCGCUUCUACUGUCAACAGAACGAGCCCAACCUGGCCACCCAGAAAGGACCCGAGAACCUGCACUAUGAUCAGGGCUGUCAAACCCCCCGGACAAAAAUAACAGGCUCGGCUCCACCACCUUCUCCAACACCCAACAGAGAAAUGAAGAACAAGGCAGUUCUCUGCAAGCCUUUGACAAUGACAAAAGCCACCUACUGUAAACCUCAUAUGCAGACAAAAUCUUGUCAGACAGAAGAUGAGUUGAAAAAAGAGUAUGUCCCAGUGCCUAUUCCUGUACCAGUCUACGUUCCGGUGCCUAUGAACAUGUAUAGUCAAAAUGUUCCUGUUCCUACCAUGGUUCCUGUUCCUGUGCCAGUUCCAGUUUUUUUGCCCACUACUCUGGAUAGCACUGAGAAAAUCCUGGCAGCAAUUGAAGAGCUGAGGGGAAAAGUGCCCUCAGAUCCUCUGGAAGCUGAGCUACUGAACUUGUCAGGGGUGGUACCUGAGCAUGUUGGAAAAGCUGAAGCCUCUGAUGCAACCAGUGUGAUGGUUGACUCAAAUCCCCUAAAUUCAGACUCACGGACAAGCUUGCCUGAUGUUCCAUAUGAGCCAGACCUUGAUAUUGAAAUAGACUUUCCAAGAGCAACUGAGGAGCUUGAUACAGAAAACGAGUUUUUGUUACCUCCUGUUUUUGGUGAAGAAUAUGAGGAGCAGCCUAGGCCUCGAUCCAAAAAGAAGGGCGUGAAGAGGAAAGCCGUAUCGGAGUACCAGUCGCACGACGACAGCUCGGAGAACUCCGAGUGCAGCUUCCCGUUCAAAUACGCCUACGGGGUGAACGCGUGGAAGCACUGGGUAAAGUCUCGCUGUCUAGACGAGGAGCUUCCAGAGCUGGAGGAACUGAAAUCAAUAAAGUCUGUGAAAUUAAAGGAAGAUCUAUUAUCACAUACUUCAGCUGAGUUAAACUAUGGGUUGACACAUUUUGUCAAUGAAAUUCGAAGGCCUAAUGGAGAGAACUAUGCACCUGACAGCAUCUAUUAUCUGUGUCUUGGAAUUCAGGAGUAUUUGUAUAGAAGUAAUCGAAAAGACAACAUAUUUAUUGAUCCAAUCUACCAGACAUUUGAACAGGAAUUAAAUAAAAUCCUUCGAAGUUGGCAACCAAGCAUACUUCCAGAUGGAUCAAUAUUCUCUCGAGUUGAAGAAGAUUACCUUUGGAGGAUUAAGCAGCUAGGAUCGCAUUCACCUGUUGCUCUUUUGAAUACCCUGUUCUACUUCAACACUAAAUAUUUUGGCCUGAAAACAGUGGAGCAGCACUUAAGACUUUCUUUUGGCACUGUUUUUAGACAGUGGAAGAAAAAUCCUCUAACAAUGGAAAGCAAAGCUUGUCUUCGAUACCAAGUGUCUUCCCUGUGCAGAGCUGAUAAUGAAGAUAAAAUUGCUACUGGAAAAAGAAAACAUGAGGAUGAUGUGCCAGUAUUUGAACAAAUUGAAAACACAUCUGAUCCGGCUAGAUGCCCUGUGAAAAUGUUUGAGUGCUAUCUGUCCAAAAGCCCCCAGAAUCUGAAUCAGAGGACAGACAUGUUCUACCUGCAGCCGGAGUGCUCCGUGUCCGCCGAGAGCCCCAUCUGGUACACUGCCACUUCACUGGACCGCAACACCUUGGAAAACAUGCUCGUACGGGUGCUUUUAGUAAAAGACAUUUACGAUAAAGACAAUUAUGAACUGGAUGAAGACAUAGAUUAAAACAAACUCCCAAAAACUGUCGAGGCGACGAACAGCAUUAGAUAUAGUCAUGCUGCUAGACCUUUACUAUGGAAAACAUUUCGAGUUUACCCUUCGUUUUAUGAGUUUUGUAGCAGUGUGUACCCUCACCCGGGUAUUACCGUGUAAAUAGUUCGUGAGUGAAAGUCUCCAUUAUUCUGCAUAGUGGUUUUAGGAUACAUAACAAACACAUUUCAGAUUCUUUUUUUUUUAUUAUUUAUUUGAUUAGGUAUGUUUGUAACUUUUUACAUUGCGAAAUAUGAAUGAGAAUGUGCCAUGUGUAAUUUUUUUUCCCCUUGUAGUAAGAUACAUCCAUGUUGCACAACUCUGCUGUUGGAAGCUCCUUUGGAGGAGGCUCUUUUAAUGGCUUCUUAAACCGGAUGCUUGUGUAUGGGUAGCACUACUAAAGUUUAGAACUUGCUGUGUCUUUCAGAAUUUUUAAAUGAAUUGUAAACUAAUAGGUUUUUUACUUUUUAGUUACUGAAGCCUUAUAAGGUUAUGUAGAGAGAUUCCAUCUUAUGUACCAAAAAUAGACAAAAGAGAAUGCUGUCGAUAUUGGUGUACUGUAAUGUGAAUCUAUUCUGGUGAAAACAUUUUUUGUUGCCCUUAUUAAAACAUUAGUGUCCUUUUGUUA